CAGCUUCAAUCUCAAAAAUCAUCUAGUCCCAUUCCACUGUCAGACAGAAACGUGCUCUCAACAAACGCACCCAGUGUUUCGGUACCUGUUUCAAGCGCUCCUACUCAGAAUGCAACGAAUAUAUUCAUUGGUGCCGAUCGGAUUGUUCAGCCUCAGACACAACAGGAGGACAACGAAGUAUUUCGCAAUUCCCAUUCGUCUGAAACUGACACUAAUCUGCACUCUGCUAGCCCUGCGGUCUCACCUACCCACCAUCGUUACCCUGGUGGGAGGGCCGGUCCGAUCUCACCUCCCUAUAAUCACUCCCUCCAUAAUGAGAUUAUGUAUAAACCCGCUCCUCAGGUCCAAAAUCAUGAAAGAAGCGAUGAGUCUGGUGGCUCGGACAUUGACUCAGAGCUUAUGCCCUACGUCAUUCCACAUGGUCACUCUGGUUUGCUUCCCCUUGACCUAAUUUGGUAG